AUGGGGCUCAAGCAUGACCUCAUCCCCUCAACCCCAUCGAGGUGGCGGAGCCCAGGCCACCAGACCCGCGCUGAUGAAGACAGCCAGCCUCCGGCUGAGCGCCGCGGCGCCCCAGCAAGCCUCGGUCCCCGCCCCUCGGCGCCGCGCCUAUUGGCUGGGCUCCUCCUCGGCCCCGCCCAGCGACCGGGCCGCUUCGUGCAGACGCAUGCGCACCAGCCUGCCAUCGCCGCUGCGACCACCGCCGCUACAGCCUCAUCUUCAACACCACGGCUAGGAAAGUCGCGCCGCCCACGGGCAUGGACGGUGGUAGCACCAGCAGCCGCAACAGCGAUCCGGCUGCUGGCCCCGAUCCGGAAGGGGAGCAAUGGCUCAACGGGUAUCCUUUGGACCCAGAUGGCAGCUCCCCGGACAGGUGAUCCUUGUGUCACUUCCUGCUCUUGCCCCAUAAAGAUGGAUCCAGGUCCGAAGGGACCCUGCCAUGGUGGACCACAUGGCCAAGGCCAUGGCCCUGGGCAUGAUGGUAAGGGUCAUCCUCCAGGUCACCAUGAGGCCUCCUCUGCCCAUGGCCCAGGGCCCCAUUGUCCACCACCUGGAAAAGGUGCAGGGCCCCAUGGUCCAGCCAAGGGACAUGGCCCAGGGCACUCUGGGCCCCCCCCUGGACCACAUCACUGAGGAAGAAGAAGAGACCCAAGAUGGGAAGGCUGAGUGAAUUGUCCUGCUUACCUGCCAUAUGGCUAGGACCCAGAAUCUUCUUCUCCUAAUAAACAGCCUCCU